AUUGGCUGUUCAUAGUCUUGUUUUAUUAUCUUAAUAUUUGAACUCCAUAUGUUUGUUGGUUUGUUCAUUUACAAACUCAUUUAUUUGGUUUUAUGACGUUUUGCUUGCUUACAUUUAUGUGACACUGCAUGUCAUCACGCAGGCUAAUGCUAUAUGGAGUUGCAUUGUUUUACAUAGUUGUUGCUACACCGAGUUUUAAAUUAUUAUUUUUUGGUUGUUGAUGAAUGUUUCUGAAGGUUUGAUUACAGGAAGUUACCCUCUUCAACCCGGACUGUAGGACCGGCGACACUCGUCGCAUCUUGAUGACGCGUUGGUACGCGCCCAGUUGUGUCUAUUGUGUUUAUGUUGAACUCUCCUCAGUUGUCCCGUGAAUGGACGCAGCGUUACCGUCAAAGUUUGUUACCUCCCCUCACGUCAUGGACUGGAAAACAUCCUAAAUACCACUCACCUACGCACACAUGCAAACAUGAAUAAAGGCUGGCUGGAGCUCGAGAGCGAUCCAGGGCUUUUCACUCUACUGGUGGAAGAUUUUGGUGUGAAAGGUGUCCAGGUAGAGGAAAUCUAUGAUCUUCAAAGCAAGUGUCAAAGUCCUGUCUAUGGCUUCAUCUUCCUGUUCAAGUGGAUCGAGGAACGUCGAUCCAGGAGGAAAGUUAACACUUUGGUGGACGAGACGUCUGUCAUUGAUGAGGAAAUUGUAAAUGAUAUGUUUUUUGCUCAUCAAUUGAUACCAAAUUCAUGUGCCACUCACGCCCUGUUGAGUGUGCUUCUGAACUGCAGUGGUGUUGAGCUCGGCACCACCCUUAGUCGCAUGAAGGCUUUCACAAAAGGUUUUAGUCCAGAGAGUAAAGGUUAUGCAAUAGGAAAUGCCCCAGAGCUUGCCAGAGCACAUAACAGCCAUGCCAGGCCGGAACCGAGGCACCUUCCAGAGAAACAGAAUGGAAUUAGUGCAGUGCGGACCAUGGAAGCUUUCCACUUUGUUAGCUAUGUGCCCAUCAAAGACCGCCUCUUUGAACUUGAUGGACUUAAAGCUUACCCUAUUGACCAUGGACCUUGGGGGGAGGAGGAGGAAUGGACUGAUAAAGCUCGGCGAGUUAUCAUGGAGAGGAUUGGACUAGCCACUGCUGGUGAGCCAUACCACGAUAUCCGCUUCAACCUGAUGGCGGUGGUGCCAGACCGCAGAGUGAAGUACGAGUCCAAACUUGAAGUUCUAAAGAGGAAUCGACAGACUGUUCUGGAGGGUCUACAGAAGAUGAUCCGACUCACCCAGCCAGAACUCGUCCACGACAAGAAGCAGCAGGACUCCUCUUCUCCUGAUGACACCGCAGCGAUCAAGAAAGAGACGGAUCUAGAGCCAGUUACAUCUCAGGCGGCUGAUCAGGCUUCUUCAGAUUCAGUGGAUGAGUCAGGGGCUCAAUCCAAGGAUGCUCCUAACCCUUCAGGAAACACUAAGGUCAUGGGCAAACCAGCAGUCCCCACUGGUGGAGGUCCACAGUCGGCCGCCAGCUCCAACCCCGUCGUUCAGCGCCUCCCAGCUUUCCUGGACAACCACAACUAUGCCAAGUCUCCGAUGCAGGAAGAGGAGGAUCUUGCUGCUGGAGUUGCUCGCUCUCGUGUGCCGGUACCUCCCAAACCACCAUACUCGGACGAUGAAGAUGACUAUGAGGAUGACGAGGAAGAAGUAACUGGUUCUGCCAGCACGUCAAGCAGAUUCAGGCGGAAAGCGAGUCUGCGCUCACGACCGGGUCGAGCUGCGACUGGGAUGGAAAGCCAGAUCGCCCUGACUGUGUUGGCUGAGAAACUGAAGAAAGAGGCCCAGAGGAAAGACGCCCUAAAUACACCUCUCUCUGUGCGCACGGAGGGCCGCACUGGGGGCAUCUGCAUCACAUCUGCCUCGCAGCCCUCCCCCACACCCAGCAACGAAAGCACUGACACGGCCUCCGAGAUCGGCAGUGCCUUCAACUCACCGCUGCGCUCACCUGCGCGCUCGCAGGCUGCCACGCGCCCGUCCAGCCCGGUUGCGUCCCAUCUGUCUCGUGUGCUGUUUGGAGAAGACGAGAUGCUCAGGCUCGACUCCAGACAUAACCGCGCUGUAAGAGAACUGGGUCCCUCUGUCAGCAUAGCUAUGUUGCACUUAAAGGAGGAUGGAGUCAUCUAUGCUCUCCCUCCAUCUGUAGAUUUGGCUGCGGACGGCACAAAGCUGCCGCCUUGUACUCCAGAGAAGAUCAAAGAGGAAGAGCAAGCAGGAGAGAAGGAAGGAGGAAAUGAGGGCGACGCGGGGCCAUCUGUGAAGGUUAAAGAAGAGGAGAGCAAAGAUGGAGUGGAGGUAAAACCCAGCAAGGAAAAAGUCAAUGCUACAGAAGCGGCUACAGGCAGCAAGCCCCCCGGGGAUAAGUACUCCCCAAAAGAACUGCUUGCACUGCUCAAGUGUGUAGAGGCUGACAUUGCCAAUUAUGAAGUCUAUCUAAAGGAAGAAGUGGAAAAGAGAAAGAAAUACAAAAUUGACGAUCAGAGGAGGACCCAUAAUUACGACGAGUUCAUCUGCACGUUUAUUUCAAUGCUGGCCCAAGAAGGAAUGUUGGCCAGCCUGGUUGAGCAAAACAUCUCUGUGCGCCGUCGGCAGGGAGUAAGCAUCGGCCGCUUGCACAAGCAGAGGAAACCGGAUCGCAGGAAACGCUCCCGACCUUACAAAGCCAAACGUCAGUAACUGCAAACAAUCAGAACUUCUGCGAGGGGCAGAGGGGAAAACAAAAGCUGCUGCACUCCUGACACAAAGACAGUUUAGUGUUGCAUUUGUGAUUUUAAUCUCCCCCCAUGUGUGUAUAUAUAUAUAUAUAUAUAUGUACCUCUGUUUUAGAUUCCAUGUAAACUAACAUUUUGUGCCAGUGCUAUGUUAUAGUUUGUAAAUAUGCAAAAAAAAAAUCCUCAAUGAUGCACCGGAAUACUUUUGAUGAUCUUCUUGAGAUUCUUAUGGUCAUUAGAGUCAUUUGUGGGAACAUGAAUUCAUAUCUGGUAACGUUAAAUUCGAUUUUCUUCUGCUGUGUCCCCUCUUUCAUGUUUUCACGGUGCCGAUGAAGUAUUCCGUUUUUUGAUGUGUUUUUGUCAUCCACAAUAUUUCGGCUGCAGGAUAUUCAGUGUAGGUAAUUAACUGUACAACAAAAAAAAGUCUUUUUUUAAUCACGGUCUUCAUAGUUGCUUUAAAUGUCAAGAAUUGAUGAUGCAUCAGUUGUUGUUUUUUCAUUAGAAGAUCUUUUUCACUGAGUCUCUGCUGUGUG